AUGGGAAAUACCGCGUGCUGCGGCUUUGACAGCGACGGUGCUGCAGACCUUGAGAUAGGUCGAGAGGGGGAAAUUCGCGGUUGCAAGCCCGUGGAUGUCGCUAGAGAGACCUUCGACAGCUGGUUGAAACGCUACGAAAGUGGCGACACGAUGGAAGUGCUCUUCCCUGAUGGACACCGCAUUGAGUGCAACCUGAAGAUUGAUCGUCCGAAAAAUUUCAUGAACCUCUCGUUCAACCAGAAAGUGCGUCCGAUCCAGCUGGAUGACGUCGCUGCUGUCCUCUACGGCACAGACUCACGUUCUUCUGAAUGCGCAGACAGUAAAAUGCUUCGCAACCCCUGCGUGGUGGGCUUCCGGCUCGCAAGCUCUGGCCGCGCUAUUGCGUUUUCAUUCAAGGACGUCAGCGACGCGGAGUGCUUUGUAACGUUCCUGGAGAAGGAAAUCAAGAAGAACCAGGAGGCAGGCAAGUCAUCGGGAAGCAGCAACUGA